AAAAGAAUUUCUCCACACUCACACUCGCUCAUGACUGCUCGCUUCUGCUGAAAAAAGAAUAACAAAUACCAGACGCUGAAACACAAAAGAGACACCCAAUUCGACAACCAAAAAUGACAUUAAGAAAUAAAUAUCUCUUUAGCUUUUACUCUGUUUCUGCUCUAACAUCAUGAAAUCAUUAGUAGCCAGAUGACAUUUUCAGUUCUCCAUAUUCCUUUUCUUGUCAUAAAUCUCUAAAAGACAAAAAAAAAUUAAAAAAAAAAGGUUGGUGGAAGAGAAGAAAAAGAUGAGUAAUAUUUUACCACUGCCAUCAAAGCUGCCUGUUGGGUUCAGAUUCCACCCCACAGAUGAAGAGCUCAUAAAUUACUUUUGGAAGCUUAAGACUACGGGAAAAGAUGCCCAAGUCGAUCACAUAAUUGCCGAGGUCGAUUUGUGCAAGUGGGAGCCUUGGGAUUUGCCUUCUCAAUCGAGGGUCCAGUCGGAUGAUACACUGUGGUGGUUCUUCUGUCGCCGCGGUCCACGGCCCAAGAGGACGACGGGAACCGGCUACUGGAAGAGCACCGGCCAGGACAAGGACAUCAAGGGUAAAGACGGCAAAACUUGCAUUGCAAAGAAGAAGACUUUGGUGUUCCAUAAUGGUCGUCAUCCUGGCGAAAAGACCAACUGGGUCAUUCAUGAGUACUAUGUUGAAACUGAUAAUGCCCUCCUUCCUCACCAGAGGGCCUAUGUUGUUUGCCGGUUAAAGAAAAAAUCAAAUAGCACGGUUAAGACUCCCAACGGCAAUGAAGGCCAGCCAAGUAGAGACUUCACUUCUGAUUUUGAAAAUCUAACAGCACAACUUGAAAUUCCAGGGGUACAUGGUUAUCCAGAACAAACACUGGUUGACAACUGGCCGGAAAUGAGUUUGCAAUUUCCAAAUGGCUCUUUAUCGUAUGGAGCUGAUGAAUCCGAAGAGUGUCUUGAUGAGUUUGCGGAUUCGCUUAUUGUUGACCCGGAUGAAAAUGGGGAAACAGCAAACAAUGUUGUUAACAUUUUCUCCCUGCAAACAUCAUUGAAAAGGGCGUAUUUUGAGGAUGAUCCAGUUAGCAGUGACACAGACACGGAUAGAGUCCAUAGACGGAAUAUCAGUUCAAGCAUGUUUGGUUCACCUGAUGGCUCAAAGAGGGUCCGACAGAUGAGGAUGGUGAAAACACCUGGUGAAACUCUACGAACUUCAGUGGGUGAACAUGCCAGAGUAGAAACAAUUGAUCCACUUCAUAGCCGGUUCUCUGAAGAGGAUACUUCCUCAGAUGACUUAAUUGAACUUAUAGGGGAGAUCAAUUGUAUGAGUUUAGUCGAAAAGGAGCGUCCGAAAUCUGUUGUUGUUAGUCGAGAAGGUCAUCAGAGAAGGAUCCAAGCACAGAAGAAAGUUUCACCACCCGCAAUGCGAGGCACCAAGGUCAGAGAAGCUGCAAAACAUAAUAGCACUGCUGUUGAAAUGCCCCUAAUGGAAAAGCCUAGCAAAGAGUCUCAAAAUGCUGGAAAAAUGGUCGUCCAAAGCAGCAAAGUGGUGGAGAAGCAUUUGAAGUCAGCAAGCUGCGAAUCAUCACCUGUGAGCAAAUGGAAGAGUUUCUUCACUUUUGAGGAAACAUCCUCUCUUUCGAGGUGUAGUUCGAAGUCGCCAUCGGAAUACUGCUUCAACGCAGUUGCGGGGACGAUUUUGUUUGUUGCUUUUGUUCGAGAAUUGGUGAUAUAUGGAAGCUGGUGAUAGGACUCGGCAGCAAAAGAGUCAUUUUCCUACGGUUUGUAAUAAUAUAAGGGUACUGUAAUACCCAACGCCACGCACUAAUGGAGAGUGGCUCAGAAGAGUGUUCAUAAAAGAAAACUAUCUUUUAUUAGUUGUAAUGCUCAAUACUGGUAGUGUCCCUCCAAGUAUUUUUCAACAGUACAACGUAGUUAUGUUCUUGUUGGGUAUAUAUAAGGUUGAACUUUGAAUCUUUGAAUCCAAAAAGGAUGUAUUAUGCGGUGUUGGAAGUCGCCAUGGCUUGUGUAAAUAGGCGCCCUUCCAUUUUCAUGACUUGAUAUAGUUGCGGUUCAAAUGUGGAGUUUUGAUA